CGGACCUAGCUGCCAUGGCAACAAACAUCAACUUCCGGUCCAGCGGCAGCGUGUACGGUUCGGACUAACUGCCUCCUCUGAUCCAGAUUCCCUGAAGAAGACCUUCCAACCCUGACCAGUAACCAUGCCAACCCGGACGGUGCCCACCAAGCCGAAACAGAGUAUCGCGGCGGCGCCCGUCCAGACACAGAAGUCGAUUGCCCCCAAACCGCCAAAGCAAGUGGCAAAGAAGAGGGAAGAAGAUGACGCGACGGAGAUGGGGGACGGAGCCGAUGAAUACUCCCAGCCCAGGGCGCUGACCAAGCCGCCCGACCAGCUGCAGCUGACUGAAGCCGAGCUGAAAGAAGAAUUCACUCGCAUCCUGACGGCCAACAACCCCCACGCGCCCCAGAACAUCGUCAGAUACAGCUUUAAAGAGCGGGCGUACAAGCCGGUGAGCGCGGUGGAUCAGCUGGCCGUCCACUUCUCUUUAGACGGGAACAUGCUGCACAAAGAUUCAGACGAAGCUCGCCGGCAGAGAGCGCGCAUGGGCGUUACAGAAGAGUCAACGCCAAGCGAAGCAGCCGCAGCGGAACCGGCAGAGAAGGACUCCGAGGGGAAACCAGAGUCUCCGGCGGCCGGCGAUGGAGGAGCAGAAGCCGAGGAGACGCAGAGGCACAAAAAGGAACGGAAACUCACCAACCAGUUUAACUUCAGUGAACGCGCCUCCCAGACAUUUAACAACCCCCUGAGGGAAAGAGCUUCGCAGACAGAACCUCCGCCUCGGGAAACCUUUUCAGCCACUGCCAACCAGUGGGAGAUCUAUGAUGCGUACGCCGAGGAGCUGCACAAACAGGAGAAACUCAAGGAGAAGCAGAAGGCGCCGGCCCCCAAAAAGGAUGAGGAUACCCCUUCCAGACGGAGACUGCCCACAACCGAGUCUCAGAGCGAUGACAUCAGCAAGGUGGCAAAAUCAAGUAAGAUUAUGGAGAGGAUGGUGAAUCAAAACACGUUUGAUGACAUCACACAAGACUUUAAGUAUUUUGAAGACGUUUCGGAUGAGUUCAGAGAUCAUGACGGAACGUUACUGCCCCUCUGGAAGUUCCAGUACGAGAAGGCGAAGCGGCUGGCAGUGACUGCCCUCUGCUGGAGCCCGAAGUACAAGGAUCUGUUCGCCGUCGGCCUCGGUUCCUAUGACUUCGUGAAGCAGGGCCGGGGGAUGCUUCUCCUCUACAGCCUGAAGAACCCGUCGUUCCCCGAGCACGCCUUCGACACGGACAGCGGGAUCAUGUGUCUGGACGUCCACGCAGAGCAUCCCUACCUGGUGGCCGUGGGCUUCUACGACGGCAACGUGGCCAUCUACAACCUCAAAGCGGCCGCGACCCAGCCAAGCUUCACGAGCUCCGCCAAGUCCGGCAAACACACGGACCCGGUGUGGCAGGUGAGAUGGCAGAAAGACGACGGCGACAAAAACCUCAACUUCUUCUCCGUGUCCUCGGACGGCCGCGUCGUGUCCUGGACCUUAGUGAAGAACGAGCUCGUCCACGCCGACGUCAUCAGGCUGAGCGCAGAGGGGUCUCCGGGACACGGAGCCGAGGGAUACCCGCUGCAAGCAAACGGCUGCGGGACGUCGUUUGAUUUCCACGGACAGAUUGAUUAUUUAUUCCUCGUGGGAACGGAGGAGGGAAAAGUUCACAAGUGCUCUAAAGCGUAUUCCAGCCGCUUCCUCGACACGUUCAACGCUCACAGCCUGUCCGUGGACUCCGUGCGCUGGAACCCCUUCCACCCCAAGGUCUUCAUCACCUGCAGCUCUGAUUGGACGGUCAAGAUCUGGGAGCACAACGUGAAGUCUCCGGUGUUUGUAUUUGAUCUGAACGCUGCGGUGGGCGACGUGGUUUGGGCUCCUUACUCCUCCACCGUUUUUGCCGCCGUUACCACAGAUGGGAAGGUCCACGUGUUCGAUCUGUCCGUCAGUAAGUACGAGGCGAUCUGCCAGCAGGCAGUGGUGGCCAAGAAAAAGACCAAGUUAACCCACAUCGCGUUUAACCCCGUGCACCCCAUCAUCAUUGUGGGCGACGACCGAGGACACGUCAUUAGCCUGAAGCUGUCGCCAAACCUGCGGAAGAUGCCGAAGGAAAAGAAAGGCCAGGAGACCCAGCGGGGGCCGGAGGUGGAAGUGGCAAAAAUGGACAGACUCCUGUCCCUGGUGAGAGAGCCGGAGAAGUGACGGCCGAAUAAAGCGCACCCCCAACCC